AUGAAUAGCUUGACUGAGGAAGAAAUCAAAAAACUCAAGAACCAAUUUGAAAUAGAAGAAAGAGUCGUUCAAAUACUAAAAUUUGAAAGUGAUAUCGAAGCUUAUAACAACAAGUUCAGAAAAACAAGACCGGGUCAAUUUACUCAAGAAGAAAGAAUCAAAUCAUCAAAAGCUAGACAAGAACAUUGGAAUCAACUAGCUACAAGUAUCGCAAAAAAGUGGUUUGGAUUAGACAACAUUAACUUAGACAAUAACAAUAACGACAAUAAUAUGACUGAACAAGAUGGGAGUCCAUUAGGUACUACUGGUGAUAGUAGUGACAUUAUAAAGCUUGCUGAAAUCUUGAAGGAGGUAAUCCUUGCCAAGACAUCCAAGGAAGACGAUUUCGAGUUUUUGGAACGGCCCAAAAGUUACAAUGGUUCAAGGGAUCCCUUCAUUAUUGAAUCUUGGAUCCAGACGCUCGAAGACUUUGCGGAUAUCAAGAAGUUUGAUAAUGAUAAAAUUGCCAAAUUAGGUAUCACUCUUUUGACAGGUGCUGCCAAAGUUUGGUAUCAAAAUCUGCGUUUGCUAAAUUCUGCGCCUACUAAUUGGUUACACUUCAAGACCGAAUUAAGAGCAUUUUUUAAACCGGAUAAUGCUAUCUCGGUUGCUCGGGAUCGCAUGCGCGCCUUACGACAGAAGUCUACCAUUGCUCAAUAUGUUCAAGAAUUCAUGACUAUCAAACUCAGUAUUCCAAGAAUGACAGACGAAGAAGCAGUUGACAAGUUUUUAUCUGGCCUUCGAGAUCCCAACGCUCGAAUUCACAUCAAGGACAGCAUUUACAUGGAAGAGCCUGUUUUAACUGAGGCCAUCCGUGCUGCUCAUAACUAUGAAGGAAAUCGUUUAGAUUCCAGUUCCUCUAUUUCUCGGGGUUUUUCGGUGGAUACUAUGGAUCUUCAGGUGGAUGAUCCAAUGGAUUUGUCGGUGAUGGAGCGCCGUGAAUUAUACAACAUCAUGAAAUCUUGGAACAACUCUAGUGGUCGUGUUGGUUUUGCAAUGGGUGCUCGUGGUGGUUUUGGAGGCGGCAAUCGUAGGGAUUUUAAUGGCCUUCGUGGUGGUCGUGGCAAUACUCGUGGAAGUUACAAUGGCUCUCGGGGUAGUCGUGGCGGCCAACAGCAUCGUGGUGGGCGUGGUGGCCGUGCUCGUAAUGGUGAUCGUGCUAAUGUACAAUGUCACAACUGUGAAGGUUUCGGUCAUUACAUGAGGGAUUGUCCUUCUGAACCUCGACAGCAAUUGAAUUAUGCCGAGGCUGGCAACAUUGAUCAUGGCUUUGAUGGUGCUUCUGAAGACAAUAAAGACUUUGAUUAUUCUGCUUAUUUGUAUUGUGUCUUACCUACCUCUAAGUCGUAUGUUGAACCUCUGGUAAUUGACGAUACUCUAAUCAAGAAGGAUCUGGAAUUUGUGAUGUCUGCUGGUAAAAUUGAUACAAAAUUGCCCCUGUACAAUGGUUGGGUGAAUGGCCAUUUGUGCUCUGUAUUGAUUGAUUCUGGUGCUUCUGCUAAUUAUAUUAGUCCGAAACUGUCCUCCGUAGUUACACAAUCAAGAGCUGUUAAAGGUCAAGCCGUGGAAACUGCUAAUGGCCAUCAAUCUGCUAUCUCAUCUAUUGCCACUUUGUCUUUACAAUUGAGUGAUUAUACGGAUGAUAUGGAAGCUUAUGUAUUUGAUACAAAAUUUGAUCUGAUUUUGGGCAACUCAUGGCGGCGUCAGGUUCGACCUAUUCCUGAUUGGUUCCAUAGUUCAUGGUCAAUUAAGCUUCCCAAUGGUGGUUCUACAUUAAUCAUGCCAAUUCAAACGCAGACGAAGCCCAAAAAUCUACUACACAAUCAAGAGAUGGUUCUGGAAUCUGGUGAUGCUGGUGCUGCUAUGGAUGCUACGUUUGGUGAUGCUGAUACUAAUAAGAUUGGUUCUACUCGUGGUACAGAUAUGGUUGAUGCCGAUGUUAAUUUUGUGGGAUCUAAGGGUAAAUUUGUUGGUUCUGGGGUUGAUGCAGGAGUAGACGGUGAUGUUACUGUUGGAUCUGAGGGUAUUGAUGAUGUCGAUGAUUGUAAUUUUGUGAUUACUGCAAGACAAUUUGAGAGGAUGUUAAGAAAGAAACAAGUGGAGGAGUGUUUUCUGGUCUCCCCAAGGGAAUUGCAUGGUCUUUUGAAUUUGAACAAUGUGGAUGUGGUGCUGACGGAUCAAGACAAGGAGAAUGAAGCCUGGUGUGCUGAGUUUGCUGAAGCCUAUCCUGAUGUUUUCAAGGGAUCAUUGGAUACGUUGCCUCCGGUUCGUCGUACUGAUGGUGAAAUGAUUGAGUUGGAGCCUGGUACCAAGCCUAUUUCUCGGGCACCUUAUAGGAUGUCUCCAUUGGAAUUGAAGGAAUUGCGACAACAAUUGGAUGAUUUACUAAGUAAAGGAUUCAUUGAACCAUGUGUGUCGGAAUGGGGUAGUCCUGUACUCUUUGUCAAGAAACCCAAUGUAGUGCGAUCAACACCAGGUAUGGUCAAUUUUCUUGGUCGGUCAUGGCGAUGGGUGUGA